AUGACUUCACAAUAUAAUGACCGAGUUGUAUGGCUAUGUUUAGGUGCCACUCUGUUCUUUGCUGUGCGCGGAGUCGCCGCCGAACUCCAUCGUAUCCGGGAGCUCACUACGAUCAGAAAUGGGGAGAAAGAUGACCAGGUAAUUGGUGAAGGAACAGAGGAUGAAACUCUACAAAAGCUGUCAGAAAGCACAAGCUUUGAUCUUCGAGCAGCGGCAUUGAGGAUUAUCUCCGAAAGAUCAACUAAAGGAUCUACACGAGAUCUACUACUAGAAGAUCUGUCAAGCAAGGAUCCCACGCUCCGGAACAAGGCUUUGAAUGCCCUUUAUUUCCUGGUCUCUAAUCGAGCUUGCAAAACGCGACCGCAAGGCGAAAAGAAAGCUCUAAAUACCCUUGACAUAAUUCUCAGAGAGAACGUACCUGCAGCGCUAGAGGCUGGCGUUAUAAGUCGAUGGCUUUCGAAGUACCCGUUUCCAUGCACUACGGAAGACGAACCUAAACGGAUAGAUGUGGUUGUCCUAACGAAGACAUGGUACACUGACGACUCCGUCAUGAGCUCCAUCAUCAGCACCCUUUCUUCCCAUCAGGAGGGAGUCAGCCAAUUACGGAAAUACGGGCUCAUGGGUAGUAGAAUGGCGGAGCACACUCACAGCGUAUAUGACGACGAGAUUGGCGACGAAUAUGAUCAUGAUGACGGCAGCGAAAAUGAUAGCGAUGUCUGGAUGGUUGGGGGGGAGGAAACUGCUGGUUUACCAUUAUGGGCUGGUGGGAGGAGACGACAAGAAGGAACCGCUGAAGAGCAAGAACUGCGGCGACAGCGCAGGGAAGCCAUGGUUUUCAGUGAGAGUGGACGACCUUUGGGGAGAGAUGACAUUAUCCACCCUGUUCGGAAUAGGGAGGAUGAGGAACUGGAUGCUGAGCUGGAACAGCUGGCAGAUGAGGUUGAUCGGGAACUCCGUGAAGAACAGUUAGAAGCCGAAAGACAGGCACGGCCAAGGCGCUCAUGGUCUAUGUGGCCGUUUUCUUGA